AUGACCUCUAAUUCAUCAUACGAGUCCUCUCUUCCACCGUCGCAACCACAAAAAAAGAAAACUUCAACACAAAUCUAUUUUGAAGGCCGUCCAUUACCUGAUAAUUUAAUAAAUUUUUCUUCACCGACUGGGAAAGAACUUUUUAAACAGGCACUUAACGAAGGCUAUGCAGAAGGUUACUUUAAUCUGUCUAGUUGUUUUGCACAUCAAAUGGAUCCCGCUUUUUGCGGGUUAAGCUCUUUAUCAAUAGUCCUUAACGCUUUACAAAUUAAGGGUGCACCUGUAUGGAAAGGUCCGUGGCGCUGGUGGUCAGAUGAACUUUUGAUUUGUUGCACACCUAUAGAAGAAGUUAAGAAAAAUGGGAUCACUUUUUCUCAGUUCGCGUGUUUAGCAAAAUGUCAUUGUGAGGUUAUUGUUAAACGCGCAGAUCGCAUAUCAAAGGAAGAAUUCAUUGCAGAUUUGAAGAAUGUUUGUUCACGUUCAGACGUUUAUAUGGUGAUUUCAUUUUCUAGGGCUGCUAUGAAACAAACUGGGGAUG